UUAAUUUUCUUUUUUUAUUUUUUAAUUGGGAACACUCAAAAUAGAAAUUCUCUUUUAGUAAAACAAAAAUUAAUUGCCAUUACCACAAACAUAUUUAUAGUAAAUUCUUCACUCUUUUUCCUUCAUAUUCAUCCUUCAUUUGGAUUUUUUUAUUUUUUUAAAUUAAAUCCUCAAUCCUUUCAUUUUUUAUAAAUAAAUAUUUAUAAUUUUUAAGAUAUUAAAGAUUUUAUUUAUUCUUCAUUUAUUAACCAAAUUAUUCAACAAAUUUAUAUUUUUCAUAACUAAAUAAAUGGACACAUUGUUUUCACCUUCUCGGCGAAGUUGGACUAUUGGAAAUUUUAAAAAACUAACUUCCCCAAAUUCAAAUAACCUUCAAAAUUAUGAGAAAUCCAAAAAUAUUAUUAACGACGAUGAAAAUUCAUAUGAAAAAGGAAUAUUAAAAAGAGGGGGAAGAAGAAGUAUUUUGAAGAGGGUCUCGACUUGUGAAGAAAUUGAUGAUUUAAAUAAACAAAAUAAGGAAGUAGAAUCUGUACAAAAGUCAAAAGAAAUAAUACAAAAAGAUAAUGGAAAUAAUGGAAUAAUAAAAACACGUAGUGCGGGUGGAAAUAAAAGAAAAGUUUUGCUUAGAAAGUUAAGUCAAGCAGCACUAGAAGAAAUACGUUCAAGAAUGAUUAAAUUUAGUGAAUAUGUUGAAAUCAGCGAAAUAGAAAAAUAUGACAGAAAAGGGGAUAAACCUUGGAAAAGAAUAACGCCGGAACAAAAAGAACAAAUUAAACGAGAACUUAAUGAUUUUAAAGCAGAAAUGGAUGUGCAUGAAAUGGCACGAAGAUUUACUCGUUUUCAUAAAGAAUAA